GCUCCUUGCAGUGAUACAAGAAAGCGCUUUCACGUCAGGAAUAAGGGCACAAACAUAGUAAGGAGUUCUUCGUGUGGACAUGUACACAGAUUACCACGUGGGUUUUCGUUAGGUGAAAUGAACCUCGGAUGACAACAUGGCAUCCCCAGGGAAGAAACCAACAACGAAUUCCGAAGAAAGUGUUAAACGUAAACCAACAAAACAGAAAAAAUGUAUUUACUGAAGUCGAAUUUAAGUUCCAACUGCGCGAUGCAAACACAGCAUUUGCAGCUCUGGAAAAAUUCCUGGAAGCCGCAGAGAAGUACCCAGAUCAAGCGAGGUAUGACAUUGUGGGCAAGUACGUAGAGACAUCCGAGGAAUGUGGAGAAAUCUUCAAGUUGUUUGAAGAGUCAAUAAGGAAACCAGGCGAGAUACUCACACUCUUCAGUGUGUUGGAGUGUGUCUUCAUUCGAUUGGCUGAUGCCAGUGAGAAGCUCCAGCUGAUUGGUGAGAACAUCAUACAGCGGAUCCUGGCAUCCCACAUGCGAGUUAUCUACUUCAGUCUCAGCCUCAACAACAAGAAUCAGCUGAUCAAGAAGACAUUACGUCUGCUCACACGUAUGGUUGCGUUCUCCCCACUGUCGGCCCGAGCUGUACAAACACAGUUUGACUUCACCCAUGUCAACAUACAACCGCUGUGUCAACGGCGGGACAUCAAGGUAUGA